AUGGGAUCGCCACCGGUCAAACGAGCCCUUUCCCCUGGUGCGGAUGAGUUUGAUGAGUUUGAUACGAGUGCGGAGGACCUGAUCCGCGCCGUCGAGGAGUCGGAGGGUGCCAAGAAGACGCGUCUAUCGUCGCCGCCCAAGACGGCGCGUCCCGCCCCGCCGGCCAAGGCGCCAGUGGCUGCCCCCAGGGAGAUGCCUCCCGUGUACAAUCAUCCCUAUGCUGGCACAAAAGAGGACCCGCUGCUUCUGGAGCGGACUACUAUGGGCAAAGCAUGGUUCAGCCGAUUGGAGCCGGCCAUGCGCCAGGACUCGUUUGCGCGGCUCAAGGCAUUUCUUGAUGCAGAGAAACGGGCAGGGAAGACGAUUUACCCGCCAGCCAAUCUGAUCUACAGCUGGUCGCGCACGACGCCGCUGGAAAAGGUCAAAGUGGUGAUUGUGGGCCAGGACCCCUACCACCAGCCGGGACAGGCAUGCGGCCACUCGUUCUCAGUGCCGAUGGGCAAGGCGGUGCCGGCGAGCCUGCAGAACAUCUACAAAGAGCUCCAGUCCGAGUUUCCCGACUUCCAGCGUCCCUCGCAUGGGUGUCUCGACGGAUGGGCGCGCCAGGGCGUGCUUAUGCUCAACGCCUGCCUGGUGCGUAAAGAGCGCUGA